AUGUAUCUUUAUAUAAAUAUUUUAUUAACUGUUAUAUUUUUUAUUAAUAUAAUCUAUGCCAUUGAUAUUAAAAAUAAAACUAUUAGAGAUACUUCUUUAUGUGAAUGUCCUUUAGAAGAAGUACCAUCAUGUACAUGUAAACCUAAUACAAAAUUUAUUUUACCAUCAACUGAAAUGAGUUGUUAUUGUUUAACAGAAAUACUUUGUAAUUGUAUGGAAAGAAUAAAAAAAUUAGAAGAACAACGAAUACCACUUUUUGAUUCACAAUAUACAACAAAUAUAUUUCAUACAACUAUUUCUCCAUUUUAUGAUAUAACAACAACAUCAAAUUAUGACAUAUGUACAGUUAAUUGUAAUAAAAUUUGUAUUGAAACAUGUAAAACAACACCAAUACAUAAACAAAAUAUUUGUUAUGAUAUUUGUAAAAAUACAUGUGAAACAUCUUGCCAACAACCUGAAAUACCAAUACACUCCACAACAUAUACUCCAAUACAUACAACAACUGUUACACCAAUAAUAUAUCAUGAAUCUGAGUAUGAAACAACAUUAUAUCCUGAUAUUUAUACAACUCAUGAUAAUUAUCCAAUUUAUCCAUCAUUUAUUACCACAACAUCAUUACCAAAUUUAUUUUUUGAUGUUAAUAAUAAUAAUCAACAAGAUUGUUCAUUACAAUGUAUAGAAAAAUGUGGUGAAAAUUUUCCAGAAUGUAUAUCAGCAUGUCAAAAUAUUUGUGAAUGUGAAAAAUCAUGUAAAAAUCGUUGUAAUCAAGAAUCUCAACCAUCAUAUUCAUGUACUAUACCAUGUCAAAAUAUAUGUACAGAUAAAAAUAGUAUAGUAAUUAAUUUACACAAAUAUUUUAAUAGUCGAAAAAUUGGAAUGUCAAAAUUAAAUACAGAAAUAAAAAAAGAAAAAAAUAUAAAAUUAUCUUCACCUUCAUCUACUUGUCUUAUAAAAUGUUAUCAAAAUUGUCAGGUAAAUAAUACAUUAGAAGUAUGUUCAAAUUAUUGUCCAGAAUUUUGUAAUUGUACAAAAACUUGUACAGAGUAUUGUUCUAAAAGAAAUAUACCACAUCAUCAAUGUGAAAAUGCCUGUUUUAAUACAUGCAAAAUAAAUAAUAAAUAUACUAAAAAUUCUAAUAAUGUAAAAAAACAUUCUCAACGAUGUGAUGAAACAUGCUAUAAUAAUUGUAAUUUAUCAUCAAAAUGUGAUAAUUUAAUUAAUUAUAAUUCAAAAGAAAAUUGUAAGCAUGAAUGUAAAAAAAAAUGUAAAAGAGAAUGUUCUACUCAAGAAUUAAUUACAAAAUGUGCUAAAUCAGAAAAUGAUGAUAAAUUUUGUAUAUGUCCAAAUGGAUAUCGUUCCUGUGGAGAUAAUAAUUAUUGUUGUCUUCUAAAAUAA